UCCUUCAAUUCAUAACAACCUCUUGAAUAAUCUACUCUCCUUCCAACAACAAAAAACCUUCCCUUCAAAUCACAUGGCUUACCAUGGAAGAAGCCAAACCAGCUCCUUCUUAGAAGGGUUUUCUCUAAGCCCUCUGCCCUACCCAGUUCUCCUAAUCCUGGCAGUAAUCUCCAUCUUCUUGGGCCUCUCAUGGUACUCCUCCUAUGAGUCAGCUGUGGAAGAAGCUGAAGAGCAAUUCAAUUGGGUUCUUUUGCUCAUACCAAUAGUUCUCAUCCUCAUUGUGAAGGGCCUCUCAUCUAUGGAUCCUGAUUGGCUCUUCUCCAUGUCGCCGUGGGACCGCCGCCGGAGGACUCACCAUAUACCUUCAGAGGGAAGCUCACCUUGGGGUGUUGCUGCUUUCAUUAUUCUCUUGCUUGUUUUGCUGCAAUACCGGUCUUCUUUUCGUGAUAGCUGGCUCAUUUAAUUAGUAUGUGGAUGUAGUAGGAUUGUUUUUUUUAUGCUCUGAGUUCUAAGUUUUGUACGUGUAUAUUGGAGUUGUAUAUAGUGAAAUUUGAUCUUCUACUUCAAAUUUCUGUGUUGCUUUUUACUUUCAUACUAAUCGCGAUAAAAAUUUCAUGAAAGAAAGAGAUGCAAAUGUUUAUAUUGUCUGAUUUUGAAUUUUAGACUCACAGUUCAAGAAAAAAUGUAACAUAAUCAGUGAUUUGAAAUGAAAGUAUCUUAUGUUGUCA